AUGGAUGACGGCGGCGAGGGCUCCGCGGCUGCGGCUGCGGCUGCUGAGGCGGCGGCCGCGGAGGAGGUGGUGGCGAGGAACCCUAGGUGCUUCCUCGACGUGAGCAUCGGCGGGGAGCUGGAGGGGCGGAUCGUGGUGGAGCUCUACGCCUCCGUGGCGCCGCGCACGGCGGAGAACUUCCGCGCGCUCUGCACCGGCGAGAAGGGCGUCGGCCCCGAAACUGGCGUGAAGCUCCACUACAAGGGCUCAUGUUUUCAUCGCAUAGUCAAGGGUUUUAUGGUGCAAGGCGGAGAUAUAACUGUUGGUGAUGGAACUGGGGGGCAGUCAAUAUAUGGAUUGAAUUUUGAGGAUGAGAAUUUUAUCUUGAAGCAUGAGAGAAAAGGGAUGCUAUCAAUGGCAAAUGCUGGCCCCAACACAAACGGGUCUCAGUUUUUCAUCACUACCACCCGAACACCUCACCUGGAUGGGAAUCAUGUUGUUUUUGGAAGGGCUAUAAAAGGAAUGGGGGUGGUUCGUGCAAUGGAGCAUAUUUCUGUUGAUGAAGCUGAUCGUCCGACUGAUGAUAUUGUUAUUGUUGAUUGUGGAGAACUUCCAGAAGGUGCCAAUGAUGGAGUUGUAAAUUUUUUCAAGGAUGGUGACAUGUAUCCUGAUUGGCCGAUUGAUCUCGAUGAAAAGCCUGCAGAAAUUUCUUGGUGGAUGGAUGCUGUGGAGUCUGCAAAGGCUUUUGGAAAUGAAAGCUUCAAGAAACAGGAUUACAAGACAGCGCUCAGAAAAUACAGGAAAUCCAUGCGGUACUUAGAUCUUUGCUGGGAGAAAGAAGACAUUGAUGAAGAGAGGAGCACCGCUCUGCGAAAAACAAAGUCAGUUAUAUUCACAAAUAGCUGUGCUUGCAAACUGAAGUUGGGAGAUUUCGAGGGUGCUUUGUUAGAUGCUGAUUUUGCACUGCGUGAAAGGGAGGACAAUGCGAAAGCUUUUUUCCGACAAGGACAGGUACGCAUGGCACUCAACCAUAUUGAUGCAGCAGUUGAGAGCUUCAAGCAAGCGCUGGAGUUAGAGCCAAAUGAUGGAGGAAUUAAGCGAGAGCUUGCUGCUGCAAAAAAGAAGAUUUCUGACAGGCGAGAUCGGGAGAAGAAGGCGUUUUCAAAGUUGUUCCAACCUUCAGGAGGAUCAGAGAAGGGUGACAAAGAGAAUAGCUGA